AUGCAAAUUUCGAAGGACCCACAGCACAAAUUCGGAACAGAACUUUUUUUACAAAUCGUAGAUGAAAAUGCAACUCAAAGAAAUCGGCUCGUAGCAGAAGGAAGGAAGAACAGGAUGUCGGUCUUUCGUAUGAAAUUGAUCGCGCAAAAAAGGUCGUGCAAUGCUACUAUGUCGCUUUCUAUAGAGUUUAAAGUGCGUCUUCAAAUAUUUAGCUCGUUGAAAUUGUCACGCAAUCGUCUCCCAGGGUUAUGUCGUGCGCUUAAAGAAUUCACGGUAGGCGCGGUUAGAUUACCACUCGAGCCCGUUUGUUAACAGCUCUCGAGUACAUGACCCAAAAACUGCAUGACAGAUCUGAAAAAGACGAUGAUGAUGAUUUAGAGAUUUGAAAAAAGAAGAAAAACAAAAACAACACCACACGAUGGGGAUUCGAAUUGAAAAAAUAGGCUUGAUGUGUUUUGAUUUUUGUGUUCUGCCCUUUGUACGUGACCAGUAGACAGAGCAAAGGCAAGACUCUCGAGAAAUAUGUCGUGUUUUCAGGUCAAGAAAGCAAAAGAAAGCGCAUGCGCCUCAUCUUGCAUUAAGUUCCCAAGACAUUGAUUCCAAACUCUUGUUCCAGAAACCUACAAUGAAAAAUAGUACAAGAAAAGCGGUCAGCUGAGCAGAGGACGAGUAGACCCAGAGCAGAUAUUAAACGUGCUCCUCUGCCUACAACCUCUUGGGUUCAGUUUUUCAGCUUUUCAGGUUUCGUUCGCGAAAUGUAGAGAUCGCAAAAGCUGAAAGAGUUUUCACGACACACGCGGUCCGACUCGGAGACAGAGUAUGCAACAAGUUCCAUAGAAGCCUUGGUUUUUUUCAUCUCAGUCGGAGAGAUAAUCACCAAGCUCCGGCGCCUAAGAUAAAUAAGUACGAAUGCCAGAACGAAUUUGCUUUUGCAUUUUUCAUUUCCUGGUGAAUUUCCUUGCACUUGACCAGAUUCACAUUCAGCGGUUCCGCAUUUCCUAGACCGCCAAUUUGAAGUCGUGAACUACUUCAUCGCAAGAAAGUAGUAUUUUCUUACGAUAGUCUCUCUUUCUUGACUCGAAUUGCAGCGGGGCGAGCAAAGUCUUUUGAUCAUGGGCGAAAGCUUAUCCUGGAUCAACACGAUUGAACCUUUCACGUUCCCACCGAGUGGAUCCGCAUCGACAUGUUUUCAAAUGACGAUGAAGCCACAAGAUCAGAAAUUUCAUUCCACACUUCGAUGUUCACCUGCGACGCUUAAUUCUAUAUUACGAACGUUUUGUUGAUCUAUGUCCGAAUAAAGUAAAUGUGAUGCCAGCAGGAGGUUUGGAAUCAAGUCGAGUUUCGCUGAAAAUCUACUCUCAUUGAUUUUUCGCUUUACAAAACUUUUUUUCUACUUCCCUAACCACUCCAUCAAUUUUUCAUCCCAUAAAGGUCCAAAAUUUUCCUCAUUUGAUUUCGCAAGAAUGAGCUCUUCCCUUUUUUCCAAAACCUCCCAGCGCUCCUGUACUACAGCAUCCGCAUCCGAGGCGACUCCUGCGCCAUCCCCGACGGAACCAGCGGCGCCAGAAAGCCAUGGAGGGAAUUAUAAAGAGAAGAGUCCUCGUCCACCUAGCGCGGCAGCCACGACUGGCGCAACCAAAAUCACUGUCGCCGACAUUCCGAAUAAAGGAAAAGGCGUUUUCGCGACGGAUUCCAUCAAGCGGGGGGAGAUUGUCGUGGCGGAGCAGCCGAAAUCGAUCCUGCCCUACGAGUAUCACAUGCAAAAAUGGCUGGGUCUGGAAGCGGGUACACUUGUCAUGCAGGUUUUCCAUGACCCAUGAGGUCCGGAACAAUGCGAGACCUAGCAUGACAGACUCUGUGAGGUCUCUGCCGUGCCUCUCCUGCAUGAGAAACUCCCUCCCAACUUGGUCGAAAGUAGACAGCCUUUGGCACUCAUGCAACACAGAGUUUUGCAUUUGCAUGAUUCGGAUUUAGCAUGACAAGUUGCUACUUUCGAGACCCAGACAUAUUUGCAAUGCAUAACGAGCAAUCCUGUGUGAUCCAGGGAAGGAACAAAUUUAACAUGGCGAAAAUGAUUACUGACGAGAAAAUGCUGGAGUUUGUGGACCGAGAAAUUAUCUGUAGGAGGAGCUCUGGAAAUUCUACAAGAACUUGUUCCACCACCCGCGAGGAUGGUGGAGAGAAACAAAAACAACAGCAGCAGAGCACGCUUCCAGGGGAGGAGCAGCACGACCACGACCACGACCGGAAACCAACCCUACAGGAGAAGAUCCUGCAGCUCAGCGAUUUUGGGAAAUCGGUCGGCGUGCCAGCGAAACGGUACGAAGAGAGCGUUUCCGUACGCCUGUCCGCAAAAUUCUGGUCCAACGCGGUGCCCGGGCCGUCGUGUUAUCGGGUGGUUGCGGAUGAAAAUGGGCACCACAGUCAGGUCCAAGAAGAGGAAGACAUGGCCCUCUGCACGGAAAUCGUCCCGAGGUUCAACCACAGCUGCCGGCCGAACGCGGUUUACACCUGGCAUUAUGACCAAGAAGGUGCGGCGCCGACGUCAGGUAAUGUUUCUUCAUCGAGCGACGCUGUUGAUGAUGAAGCAGGAGGAGCAAAAAUUUUAGCCGAGCCGAGCAGAAGUGCUGUCAAUGGGAAGGUCGUCAUUGUCGCCAUUCGCGACAUCGAGCCGGAGGAGGAAAUUUGCAUCUGCUACAUGGACGUCGACAUCAUGGAGAGCGACAGAAAGACCCGCCUGCAAUGGUGCCAACAAACCAUGGGCUUCACCUGCCAGUGCGAGGUGUGUAGUAAUCCGAGCGGAAAAAAUGGUAUUGGAUCCUCUCGCGCCCUCGGUGACCGCCGCGAUAUGUGCUCGCCGGGGACGACUGCAAAAAAUAACACGGAGGGUAAAAGCUGCAGUGAGGCGGCUCGGAAAAGAACCAAACAAAACGCCAACUGGGACGACUUCCUAGAGCAGAGCGACGAAAUACAGGGCAAAAUCGACUAUUUCAUGGAAGCAGGAGUAGAGGCGGAAUUUUUUCAGAAAAUGCCGGCUAGCAAGAGGAAAAAAAUCGUCCAGGACACACUGGAGAAGAAAUUCAAACUCCUCGAAGAUUGCAAUUUCUUCCUCCCGUGCAACAUGCGGAUUUUCGGCUACGAAGGCUACUGCCUGUCCGUUCUGUUUGACUUCCCCAAGGAAGAGAAGCAAAAAUACGCGGAGAUCCGCUCGCUCGCGCAUGCACAGAUGAGCGGACGGGACGCGGAGUGGAAAAUGCUCUCCCUUGCCGAAAUAAAUCCGGCGAAAGACACGGUGGCAUUGGCGCAGGGGCAGGAGUUGUUGAAGCAGGUGAAGUUGCAGCAGCGGGAGAAAAUGUUCCGGAAGAUGGACGUGGAGAUGGUAAGAUUGGCGGGGAAGUUUCUGGUGGGAGAUGCCGAGGGGAGGUGACGCCACUACUACGGGUUGUGGAGCCAACAGCACAUUAUAAAUGCACCUGUCAUCAACGACGUGAGGAGACCAUAUUAGCCGAGAUGGUCCAGCUCCUGGAGAUGAAGAUAUCAGCCGACGAAUAUGUGAAAAGAAAAAACUGUAGCAGAUAGUUAGAGCCAAUAUUGAGGCCGGCUUUUUCUUCUUGGUCACGAUCAGCUUCGUGACUGCGUCAGCAAGUUCAACAUUGAAGUUGUGAACGAGCUCGGGGUCGGCGUCGAGCUCUACCACUUUAUGACUUUUAUAAUUUAUUGAUUAAGAUUAUCCAGCAGCGACUGCGACAUAUAUAAAAACUUAAGGGACGAGACAGAGCAUGCAAGAAGUGUCUACUUGCUGAAGAUGUAGCUUACUGCUGCGUUUGCGGUCGCGCUCUCCCCUGUUUGCUCCGAGUUUGUACCGAUCUACAGAUCCACACAAGGUCACACAAUCUCACUCACUCCGUUUUGGAAGGGCUGAGUCGACCAUAGCAUGCAGUCUAUAUGCGAUGUAGACGGUUUUUCAGGGUCUCCCCGAGACCGGCAGAAAAAAGUGUUCAUCUGGCACCAUUUUGAGCUCAAAAAAGCCACGUCUGCAAAAAACCGUCUACGUCGCCUCCAGACUGCCUGCUAUGGUCGACUCGGCCCUUCCAAAACGGGGUCCCGGGACUGGCGACCCUUUUGGAGCUCCUGAAUCGACCAUAGCACGCAGUCUAGAUGCGACGUAGACGGUUUUUCUGGGGUUUUUUGUUGGUCAGGGCCACUUUUUGACCGUCUACAUGGACCAUGCCAUGCAGUCUAGUGUCGAUGUAGACGGUUUUUGGGGUACCUUGGAAAUUUGGCCUUGGAGGCAGGCAAAAUUUCCGAGCUCCGGUUUUUUUGUUCAAAAUGGUGAGCAGAUAAGUCGCAAAAUUUGAACAGCAGACGAAUUCCCUAGAGACAAUCAACACAGUUCGCCAGGGCUUUGCGAGGGUUUUGCGAGCCGUGAGCAGGCGCAUCGCUUCACUGUCAAUCAGCUUCGCCUCCGCCAACUGGGUUAGCGCCUUAUUUGCGGCGGCCCAGCCCUCUCGCAGGGAAACCCUGCUGACGUUCCCGCCGGAGAAUUGCCUGACUCUCAGCCGGAAAGUUGCAGACUCCACCCAGCCGGCCUGUUUCUGGGGCGUUACAACCCCGGGCCAGGAACAGUGGUUGUCCAGACAGGUCUCCUCGAACGGCACUUGAUGGAUCGGCAGGACGGCGCCCAGACCUUUUGCACAAGCUAGCGCAAAUGAAUUAAGCUACAAAGGAGUCCCGCAAUAGCUAGCCAUGUGAGUGCGUGUUCUUAUGGCAUUCGUAAUAUCCUCUAGGGUGCUCACAAAAUUUUUUUGUUGCAUUUUCUUAAAACCGUCUACGUCUACACUUUUUCCUGUGAUACGAGUUUGUACCGAUCUACAGAUCCGCACAAGCUGAAACAAUCUCAUUCACUC